UACACGUACACACUCAGCUACCAAAAUUUGUCACCAACCAUUCUGCUACCAUUGUCCAGAGCCAUUUAUAUUGGUACAUACAUGGUACACAUGGUAGACAGCUGUGUAGCUGUAUCCUUAACUCCUUUACGUUAGACCAGAGAUCAUGUCUCCAAAAAGACGGAGUGAGACCAUAUGUGACUCAACCCUGUUGACCAUGGCUGUGGUUGUUCCUGUAGCUGUUUCCCUGUUUCUGUAUCGCCGGGAACCGAAGAAACUCUUCCAGAUACUGUUUGGUGUGUUUGUAUCCUUUAUGGUUUUUGUCAUGCUCAAACACCUUUGGAAGAUUGUGUAUUCUCGUUGGAAGAGCAAAGCCAAAGAGGAGGAUGUCAAUCCAGGUGUCGUCCAUUCACCGUCUUAUGACCAGGCGAGGAAAGAAGCAGUGAGCAAGGCUCAGGAGAAACAAGACGAGAGGGCUGAUGAUUAUGAGCGUCAGAUUGCAGGUCCAAGAAGAGAACAGAAACUUAGGGAAUUGGACGACAAAAUGAAAUCAAUUCGUGGACUAAAAGAUGAGGGUACACCUCUCGGAGGAUCGACCAGGUCCUCACGAUUACUGCAGCAGUCACAUGAUAGUCAAGAUGAGAGUGACGAGGAAGAUGAGAGUGGGGGGUGGGUGACCAUUAACCUCAGACUGCCUGAUGGGUCUGCAAAGAGAAAGUUCAGAACAAGUCAGAAAGUCAAGUCCCUGUACAGCUGGCUGGCUGGUCUCGGCUACUCUCACGAGGACUACCAGCUCACCAUCCUUCUGCCUCGGUGCCCCCUCACUGACAGAGGGAAAACUUUGACCCAAGUCGGACUUGUCUCUGAUACUACACUAGCUGUAGAUGAACGAGACUAAUUGUUUUUCUAUUGCAAAUUCUUCUAUUAAACUUUUAUUGUUACAGUAUCAGAAUUAUCGUUGUAAUAAUACUCA